AAAUGAGGUAUGUGUUAGGGAAAGGGUGGCACAGGGCAUCGCAACCACUCUAAGGUUUGGGUACAUACCUGCUUAGCAGUGAUGGGUCGAGGCGCAGUACCGCGGUUAUGCGCCAGGGGCGCAGUGUUCCCUCUCUGCCUGUCUAUAUAUAUAGAGCCUGUCUGAGUAGAUCUCCAGGCAUUGAUCAGGAAGAACUGUGCUGGUUACAUUGUAUCACACGUGCAGUCUGAGCUCACCCUGGAUUCCCGGAGCUCCUCACCAUGCUUGGCUGGCUAUAGGAGCUCCAUGGAGCUAGCCAACUUCUACGAGGUCGAUUCCCGGCCAUCCAUGCAUCCUCCAGCCCACAAUCAGCACGGUGCAUACGGCUACAGGGAGCCCCCGACCGCCGGAGAGCUCCAGGACCUGUGUGAGAACGAGACCUCCAUAGACAUCAGUGCCUACAUUGACCCAGCAGCCUUCAACGACGAGUUCCUGGCUGACCUCUUCCACAAUAACAAGCAGGAGAGAGCCAAGGCAGGGCUAGACUAUCACCAGGGACCUGGGGGACUCACUGCUGCAGGGCACCCCCAAAUGUAUGGCUGCAUGGCCAACUACAUGGACAACAAGAUGGACACUGGCUUAAGACCGCUUGUCAUCAAGCAGGAGCCAAGAGAGGAUGAGGAACCCAGCAGAGCUUCACUGGCUGCUCUCUACUCCCACCAUCCGCAGCAGCAACCAUCCCACCUGCAGUACCAGGUAGCCCACUGUGCCCAGACCACCAUGCAUCUGCAGCCUGGCCACCCAACUCCACCACCCACACCUGUGCCAAGUCCUCACCACCACCCAAUACAUCCUCACCACCACCACCACAGCCUGCAGUCGUCCUCCAUGAAAGAUAUGUCUUCUUCUUCAUCCUCCUCGUCCUCCUCAGAGGGCAGGGGAAAGUCCAAGAAAUGGGUGGACAAGAACAGUAGUGAGUACAGGGUGAGGAGGGAAAGGAACAAUAUAGCGGUGAGGAAGAGCAGGGACAAAGCCAAAAUGCGCAAUGCUGAGACCCAGCAGAAGGUCCUGGAGCUGUCAGCAGAUAAUGACAAGCUGAGGAAGAGAGUGGAUCAACUGAACCGGGAGCUAGAGACCCUGAGGGGCAUCUUCAGGCAACUUCCAGAGAGCUCUUUGGUCAAAGUUAUGGGCAACUGUGCGUAAUGCCAUGGACAAGUCCUGUAAAUCUACUGUUGGAUCUAAGACUCUUGACAGGUGACAGAGACACUUAUUUGUUUGAAAAAGAAUACAUGGAUGCUUUCCGAAAACGAGGACUCUCUUUUUCUUUCUGUCAAAAAGUUUGGACCUCAAGCCCCCUCUCCCCCCCACCCACAGACUUUGCUGAGAUUAGAAAGUGUGCAGGUGCCUAAAGUAAGAUCCACCUGCAGGAUCUGAGUGCUUUAUAACUAGGCAGCUCUUAUGUUUGUUUUUUAAAAGGUGGUGCUAAAAUGAGACAGGAUUGAUAACUCACCUAAAGUUCCUUUGUUCACGAGAGUUUAUACUGUUUUUAGAGUUAUGCCAUUCGAUCUUGUCCUUUAUAUUUUUAUUGUACUCUGUAAACAAAUGCUUACUAUAAUAACUGAUGGGAUGACUUCAACCCUCUGUAUUCCCAGAUAUGUAUACCAUUUCAGUGGGGGUCUUUGUGAGACCAGUUGUACACUGCCCUUCUAUUGUGGGAGCUUUGCUAUUUGAUAUUGCAGAUCCCAGUCUGGAGGGGGGCAGUGGGCUAAGCCAAAUUGAUCUAUGUAAACUUUUUAAAAUCUACUUUCAAAAGCAAUAGAGGGUUUGUACACAGACUGAACCAUGACGUGCCUUACACAGCAUAAAGUGCCUUGCCCAGUAAGAGAUGGGUUGAUGUGUUGGUAUCUACCUGUCCCACAGAUCAAUGCUGUGGUAGUUGUGCCAGUAUGUUUAACCCCUGGGUGCCAGAGGCUUGUGCAAUAAACGUUACUCCUCUCUGGUACACAGUGGGUUAAACAGACUGUUUACAAGAUUGAAAGCACAGAUGAAUAAAUGUUUUUUUCCAAAAAAUUGUGAGCUACCAAUUAUGAUCAGUACAAUGCCAUAGGGCAUUUCUGCCUCCUAAACAAACUAUUUAUGAAUGUGAAGGUCCCUUUAAACCCACACAGGUGCCUAUUCAAUAAGUGCAUUUUAAGAUAGAAGGCACAUGCUGUCUGUCAGAAUCUCUGCAUUUUUAAUGUCUGAACAUUAAGGAGCUGCUUUUGCAGAUAAUUCUAUAAUGCAUUCAGUGUCUUUGCACUGGGCAUUAUGUUUGGUAAUUUAUAGCUAUAUUUUUACAGUACAGAUGUGCUCCAGGCAGUUGUUUUUUAAUUACUAUUGUUUAUUUUCAAUAGCCUUACACAUUUCUGUUGCUCAUAUUCUUGCCAAAAAAAAAAGCUAGCUUUACAUGUUUCUUGUCAUUUAUUUUAUUUUUCUUACAUUUGUAAAGUAUCAGAAUUCUGACAAUGUUGGGAAAUCCUAGCCUUUCUUACUUAUCAGCAUUAGUAAAGAACACAAGACCAGGGUCCACUUAAUCCACUUUAAGGGACUUUUAAUGGGUUAGGGUGAUUUCCUAAUACUUUAAAUAAUGCUUUAUAAUAGAACAAACCUUUUUUUGUAAAACAUUCAUAAGGUCUGUCUUUUAAUCCAUUGGGGUCAGAAAUGCCAUCACACAAUACAACAGGGAAAAAAUGAAAAAUAAAUGUCCCCCAAAAAAGCAGAAAAAAAAGUCACUAUGCUUAAUUCUGUUUGACAAGAGUUUAUAUAAAGUAUUAAAAUGUUAAUGAGAAUAAAAGUCUCUAUUUACAUAUUUUUUAUUAAUUAUAAUUUUGAAAAGUCGCAUAUCACUAUUUUUAUUUUCAACAAAAUAAAGAUUAUAAAGUAUCUGAAAAGUAA